AUGUCAAUUAAAAAGAUUCGCAAUGAGAAAUUUCAUCCUUUCAUCAAAAGUGAAGGUGUUUUCAUUGGAAAUGGGUUGAGUGAACCUCCAACUGUGAAAUUUAUUGAGAAGGAAAAGCUUUGGCAUGAAAAUCUUGAACCUCGACUCAGACUUUUCUAUCAUAACACUUUGAGCUCUACAAGACGUCACGCAAAUUUUAUGAAUGUCAAAUCACCUAGAGAUUCUCUAGACAUUAUACUAAGCAGUGAAUACAACCACUCAGACGAUCUUUUCAGAGACAAGGAAGAAGUUUUUCGACAGCCAGAAACAAACGACAAGGAAACAUUCCGAAGGUUGCGUAACACUCAAGACAUUUACAUCAAUCCUCCAGUCUAUUUAAGUCAUCCACUAAAAAUAGGUGGAAUCUCUGAAAGAAAAUCUAUUUACAGUGUGAAACUGAUUAACUCAGGAGUUCAUGGUUCGAAGACAAAUCACGGCUAUAGUCGACAGAAUGUUGACGGAAAUUUCUUCAACUAUUAA